AAGCCUUCCCUCAUAAAAGAACUCAUCUUCCCUUCAUAAUAAACCUCACUCUUAUUGUUCUUCUUUUUACAUAAAAAACACAAAAAAAAAAAUUUUUAUCUAUUUUCCCAGCCAUGGCCGAGGUUGUUAUCCACCAUGUUAACUCCAAGUACGCUGAAGCCAAGUCAUGCUCGAAGAGGAAAGGCAACGGGCUCACCCGGAAAUGUGCUUCUUUGGUUCGGGAGCAACGUGCUCGUAUCUACAUCCUCCGGCGGUGCGCCACCAUGCUCCUAUGUUGGUACAUCCAUGGCGAUGAAUAAUAACAAGUUCUAGCUAGCCCAGUCUUCCUUAUAUAUUAUCUCGCCCUCCGGCUAUUGGUUGCUUUACCUUGCUCUAUAUGUUGUACGUACGUGUUCGAGAAUACUCAUGAUACGAAGCUCUUCUCCAUGCUCGGUGAUAUUGCUGCACAUGCUGGACUGCGUCGUCUGCUCAACCAGAUUUGGAGAUCGUAUAUCUUGGUGGCCCAUCGAUAUAUAACUCGGUAAUGAAUAAUGAUGGAUUGGGCUAAACAGAGAAAUGCUUCCGCUUUUGCUGAGCUUGGUUGGGCAUUCUAACGGGUCGACGCUCCGGUUGUGGUCUCGAUGGCUGGGGUUUUGCUGUAGAUAAGAUUUUCUCCUGUGCAUCCUCUUCCCUGUUUCUUUUUUACCCUAAUUCUAUGGAGAAACCUAAAUUAGGGGUUUUUGGGGUGCAAGGAGACGUUUUAUAGCAGCCUUCAGCUUUUUCCUUCUUUUUGCAUGAACCGGGCAACGAGCAAAUGAAGAUCAGUGAAGCUGAUACAUAAAUGUGGAGAAACUGAUAGAUAUAUUAUGUAAUAUUUCCUAUGACUUUUGUGUAAGGGCAUGUUGGAAUUUGAAUAAGGGCUUUAUAUAAACACAUAGUAUGUUGAUUAUAUUUGACUUAGCUUCUUUUCUUGAUAAACUUAUUUUAGGUUUUAGCUUUGAUCAAUUUCUUGAUUUAAGCAUGCAAGAGCCAUGAUUAACACAAACGGUUAUUG